CGCUUUUACGUCUCUGUAGCUUUCCGGGCCCUUGUCCCGUCCUGCUCCGGUUGUGCUUCCGGCGCGAAGGUGACGGGCAAGAUGGUGCCGCCGGUGCAGGUCUCCCCGCUCAUCAAGCUCGGCCGCUACUCCGCCCUGUUCCUCGGCAUGGCGUACGGAGCCAAGCGCUACAGUUACCUGAAACCCCGGGCGGAAGAGGAGAGGAGGAUAGCUGCUGAGGAGAAAAAGAAGCAGGAUGAACGGAAACGGAUUGAGAGAGAACUGGCCGAAGCCCAAGACGACAGCAUACUCAAGUGAGCCUGCCUUUCUCUGGAACGGUGUGGACGAAUAAAGCUUUCUGUGUUGUCUGA